UCUUCUCUCCUCUCCUUUCUUCGGAGCUCGCGCGCUCGAGUCAGAGAUAAUACUUCGCCAGUGGAUAUCGCGUGAGCCGGCCAGACGCGACAGACGACGACAAGUGAGUUUUGGCAGUCGUCGGCCGGGCCUCUGAUCGUCGAACGCGAGUGCACCACGGACAUACCAAGUUCUUCCGCGAGUCGCGAGCUGUCGAACCUCGAGGCGGACCACACAUCAACACAUGUGCGCGAUGAAGAUUCGGAUCGCGGAGCGCAUUGUCGGUCCCAUUGCGACGAUAGCCGACUCGGUCCGAGCGUGAGCGCUUCUACUCGGGCUGAACUCUGGGCUGAGGCCGUCGAUGAAGGAGCCAUCGAGAUUCCUUGUCAAGGGCUUUCAUUGAGCCGCUCCUCAAUGUCCUCGCGAUGGCCAUGAGGUCGCGCAGGACUUAAUGAUCAGGCGUGCUCUAGGCCCAGCUCGAAGGACGAGCGUUCGGCUCGAGGAAGAUAAGACGGGAGGAGGACAUCUGGAGGCGGCUAAGCGGCCAACGGGGAAGGCCAACGAGGGACACCGGCGAGCCGACACAGGCGAGGUGUGAUGUUGCUGGAGUCGCGCGCCCUCGCCGGUAGGAAGCGAAACGGCCUGACCCUGUCCGCGUUCGGCGCUGGAUCACCGAGCGAGGAGGACGAGGAGGACUCGUCGUCGUCUCGGGUUCUCCUCGCGGGCAAGAUGCAGGCGGCGGCCGAGACAGCCGCGUCCGUGGCGGCGGCCGCCGGCACCGCCAAGACGCCCGUGACGACGCCCGGAGACGAGCAAACGGACAGCUCGAGUCCCUCGCCCAACAGCAGCCUCCUCAACAACCUUAACAAUAACUGCUCCAACUCGAGCAGGCAGUGCGCCACGGACUUUAGCAUCGCCGCGAUAAUGGCCAGGGACUCGCGCCAACAGCAGCAGCAGCAACAGCAACAGCAACAGCAACAGCAACAACAGCAACAGCAACAGCAGCAAACGAGUCUAUCGACGCAGAAUCUUCACCGAUAUCACAGUUAUCAGCAGUCGAGGCACGGCAGGGAGCAGCAAGCCGUCGGUGGCGGCAAGUUGCAUCAACAUGAGAGGGAGCCGAGCGUUUCCGGGGUGGCGCAAUCGUCGGGGCCGGCGGCCGCCCAGCAGAUCCAGGAGUCGUCGGUCGACACGGAGGACGAGCCCGAGACCGACGACACCGGCAGCACCAUUGGCAAGGCGCCCUCGCCCCUCAACCCCCUCCUCCAGGAACGCUCAAACUGCGAAGAGUUGAGACACGUCGUAUGCCAUCUGGAGACGAAGGACCUCUGGGACAAGUUCAACGAGCUCGGCACCGAGAUGAUCAUCACCAAAACUGGCAGGUCCUUGGUCCUGAACUCGAUGCACAAGUACCAGCCGCGCAUCCACCUGGUGAAGCGUCCGGACGGCGAGAACCGCGAGCCCAUCGAAGACUUGGAGCGCGAGCCACACAAGACUUUUGUGUUCCCCGAGGCUAUUUUCACCGCUGUCACCGCUUAUCAGAAUCAGCUCAUUACGAAACUCAAGAUCGACAGCAAUCCCUUUGCCAAGGGCUUCCGGGACUCAUCCAGACUCACGGAUUUCGAGAGUUACCCUUACAGGGAGACCAUGGAGUCGAUGUUGGCUGAGCAGCAGAGCCUGAGGUUCCCCCAUCGGUUCCCCUUCGAGAUCGAGCAGUCGAGCGCCGCGGCCGCGGCCGCCGCCGCCGCUGCUGCCAGUAACCUCAGCCUCGAGGAGAAGGCCAUGUGGGCCGCACGCUCGCAGAUCCUCCUGAGGGCCGCGGCCGCCGCGGCCGUCGGUCCCUACGCACAGCUGGUGAGUCCCGCCCUCGUUUACCCGGGGGUGGCGGCAGCGGCCGCGGCGAGUUCUAGCCAUCAGCAGGCCCAGCAGCACCAACAAGUCCAUCACCAGCAACAACAGCAACAACAACAACAACAGCAGCAACAACAGCAACAGCAAUUGGGCCACCUCUGGUGGGCCUCGUCUUUAGGCCCGACCCUCUUCGCUGCUGCUCACCAUCAGCAGCAGCAGCAGCAACAACAAUUGGCUGCGAGCACGGCCCAGCAGCAUAGUCCCGGGGGUGGUGGUCCGGCAGCUCCGAGGCCCCUCUACCCCUCGGCUCUCGGCGGCCUCACGCAUCACAGAUUUGCACCGUACGCGAGCUCGAGGGCGCAGCUCAAGUCCUCGACGCAGAUCGGCUCCUCGCAUCCAUCGGCCCUCAGAAGAACGACACCCUCGCCAACGGAUAGCCUUUGCAGGGAGGCCCAAGAUCUCUCGCCCUCGUAGUCGAGGCUAUGGGCGACGACGAGCCACUGACCGUGAGAAAGCAAAGUCGCGAGCGCGGACGGCCGUUUGGGCCCUAUUCGCACGCCUAACACGCAUCCUUAACGUUCGACAAUUUUUAUCGUUUCGUCCGUUCGUAAGCCACGUUACGCCGAGUGCUAUUGGGCCCAGGGACGGGCGCCGAUUUUAGGGAGGUCGCCGCGACGCGCUCACGUGGCCCGAUCCGGGACUCGCGGCCCCUUUCCCCAGCUACGAUAGCAUCGAGCUACAACGUCAUCUCAUCCGUACUUAGAAUUUAUUUAUUAGAUCCGCGCGUUGUAAUUAGAGCGUAGGCGCUUUAUUUGGGGGAGGUAGUUGAACGUUGGUACGUUGGUUAAUGGGGCCGAGAGGGUGCGCGCUUAGUGUUCUUCUGUGUCCUGUAAAUAUGUGCAUUUUAGUAUUGGUGCAUUGGUUGGGUGGAUCGAACGUCGACGCGACGACGCGAAGGCGAUGUGCGUCACGUCGGGAGGUCACGCGAGCCAAGAGCGGACGGACGUCUAUUACGAAUGUCAGCACGAACGAUCGCCGUGAUUACAAUGCGCAUCUCGUAAGUUCAAUAUUAAUAGGGAAAUAUAAUAAAAGAGAAUAAAAUAGCGUUGGGAAAGGGCGAUAGGGAGGUGGGGAGUGGGUGUUAGGCUGAAGUAACGUCACAUCGUCACGACCUAUACUGUAUAUAAUUACGCGAAUCGAUGAGACGACAGUCUCAGCCCAACGUUUUCUGUACCAUAAGUUGUACAUUUCAUAUUAAGAAGCUGUAUUGUUAUCGUUAUUUAUGUUUAAAAGAAAUAAGAGAAAGCGGCCGGUGGCUGCGAGCCUCGUGUCUUGAAAUAUGGAAGGACGCAACGGUGCUGCACGGCGACGGC